GGGCUUCCUCGGUCGCUCCCCACAUUCGCGGCGCUUCCUUCCCUGACUGAGGCACUUGGACCCGGGCUCUGCGCUGGCGGACGCGGACAUGGUGCCCCUGCUGCUGCUGCCCCUGCUUUGGGGGGGGUCCCUGCAGGAGAACUGGGGGUACCAGCUCCUAGUGCAGGAAUCAGUGACGGUGCAGGCGUGCCUGGGUGUCUACGUGCCCUGCUCUUUUUCCUACCCUUGGAGUCCGUGGUACUCCUAUGAAGAACCCUUCGUCUAUUGGUUCCGGGAAGGGGACAACGUACACCGCAGUGAUCCUGUGGCCACAAACAACCCACGUAGACAAGUGAAGCCAGAGACCCAGGGCCGAUUCCACCUCUUCCGGGACCGCAGGAAAGAAAACUGCUCCCUGAACAUCAGAGAUGCCAGGAUGAGCGACACAGGAGUCUACUUCUUCCGAGUGGAGGGAGGUGAUAGGAAAUACAGCUACAGAGAUACGAAGCUGAAUUUGCAGGUGACAGCCCCAACAGAGAAACCUGACAUCCAUUUUCUGGAGGCUCUGGAGUCCGGCCGCCCCACAAACCUGACUUGCCACCUGUCACUAGUCUGUGAUGGGGGAAGAGUUUUCUCAUUCUCCUGGGCGGGGGAUGCCCUUGAUGCCAUGGACCCAGAGACCCUCCACUCCUCGGUGCUCACCUUCACCCCGAGGCCCCAGGACCACGGCACGAACCUCACCUGUCGAGUGGAACUCCAAGGAGAUCAAGUGACCAUGGAGAGAACCAUCCGACUCAAUGUGUCAUAUGCUCCGUGGAACCUCAGUAUCAACCUCUGCUUCAGAAAUGUCACAGCCCUCAAGGCUCUACAAAACAGCUCAUCCCUUCUCAUCUCGGAGAGCCAGGCUCUGCAGCUGCUCUGUGUGGCUGACAGCAACCCCCCUGCACAGCUGAGCUGGUUCCGGACGUCCCCAGCCCUGAACGCCACCCGCAUCUCCAGCACCAAGAUCCUGGAGCUGCCAGGCUUAGGCGCUGCAGAAAGAGAAUUCACCUGCCGAGCUCAGAACCCUCUGGGCUCCCAGAAUACGUCUCUGAGCCUCUCGGUGGUCUACCCCCCGCAGCUGCUGGGACCCUCCUGCUCCCAGGAGGAGGAGGGUCUGCACUGCGACUGUUCCUCCCGAGCCCAGCCGGCCCCCUCCCUGCGCUGGCGGCUGGGGGAGGGGCUGCUGGAGGGGAAUUUCAGCAACGCCUCCUUCAAGGUCACCUCCAGCUCAGCUGGGCCCUGGGUCAACAGCUCCCUGAGCCUCCGCGAGGGGCUCAGCUCUGGCCUCAGACUCAGCUGCGAGGCCCUGAACGUCCACGGGGCCCAGAGCGCCACUGUCCUGCUGCUGCCAGGGAAACCGGCACCCCUGACCGGAGUGGUUCGUGGGGCCCUUGCAGGUGCCGGUGCCAUGGCCCUGCUGUCACUGUGUUUGUGUGUUAUCUUCUUUUGCAUAGUGAAAGCCCGCAGAAAGCAGGCAGCCAGGAGACCAGAGGGUGUGGAUGGUGAAGACCCUGUCAUGGGUACCAUCGCCUGGGGUUCCAGGCAAAAGCCCUGGCCAGACGGCCCCCCAGACCAGACGUCGUCCCCUGCAGAGGAUGCCCCGCCUUCAGGGGAGCAACAGGAGCUCCAUUACGCCUCCCUCAGCUUUCGCGGGAUGAAGUCUCGCGAGCCUUUGGACCAGGAGGCCACCAGCACCACCGAGUACUCAGAGAUCAACACAAGCUAGUGAGGACUCGCCCAGAGCUUGGUCCUGGCUGGAGCAAUCACAGCCUCUGUGGGGAAAAGGAGAAGUCAGGGACUAGUUGGUGAAGCCUUUGUGGCAGUAUUAGCAUUAACUACUGUAUGAGUGUCCCCAGGUAGAGCAGAAGGAAGACAGGUGAUAGGAUUAGAGACUUGGGCCCAAUCAAAUGCUGGUUCCAGCACUUCCUGAGGCAUCGUUAGCAAGCAAUUCACUUUAUCUCUGCGUCUCAGUUUUCCGUCUGUAAAUCAGAGAUCAUGUGUCUCACCUCAAAGCUGUGUGAGAAUUAAAGAAAGAACACAUCAAAAUCAAC